AUCCUUUUGACCAAUUACCGUUAGAGUAAGGCGGUCCAUGCCUCCAAUAAGUCACGUUAUCCUUCCCAGUAGUUCCCAGGCGGUCACAUCGAAGAGCUGGAGACAAUGCAUCAGAGGGUCGUGUUGUUCGUUCUUCUGGGGGUGGGCCUCCUCUGCCUCAGUUUGACUCCCAUCUGUCAGGCCGAGGACCUGGUUGAGGACAGUCUGGGUGACGACGUGGAUGUAGAGGACGAGCUGGAUCUGGGUUUGGCCGGAGCUGAGGACGAAGAGGAGGAGCUGGAAGGAGAUUUUCAAGACGAGGCUCCGACUGCUCCUAAAACGCCUCCGACACCGAAGGUGACCUACAAAGCUCCAGAACCGAUGGGGGAACACUUCUUUGCAGAGUCUUUUGAUCGGGGAACAUUGGACGGGUGGGUUCUGUCCAACGCCAAGAAGGAUGAUGCUGAUGAAGAGAUUGCAAAGUAUGACGGUAAAUGGGCUGUGGAGGAGAUGAAGGACAGUAAGCUUCCCGGUGACAAAGGUCUGGUUCUGAAGUCGCGCGCCAAACAUCACGCCAUCUCCGCCCAGAUGCUGCGACCUUUCACCUUCGACACCCAACCGCUCAUCCUCGAGUAUGAGGUGAACUUCCAGUCCGGUAUCGACUGUGGUGGCGCCUACGUCAAGCUGCUGACUCAGACUCCUGAACUCGACCUGGACCAGUUUGUGGAUAAAACUCCGUACACAAUCAUGUUUGGACCCGACAAAUGUGGAGAAGAUUACAAGCUGCACUUCAUCUUUAGACACAAAAACCCCAAAACCGGAGAAUACGAAGAGAAACAUGCCAAGAAACCCGACGCAGACCUGCGGACGUACUACACCGACAAGAAGACCCACUUGUACACGCUGGUGGUGAACCCGGACAACAGCUUCGAGGUUCUGGUGGAUCAGACGGUGGUGAACAGCGGAAACCUGCUGACAGACAUGACCCCCCCUGUGAACCCCCCUGCUGAGAUUGAGGACCCUGACGACCACAAACCAGAAGACUGGGACGAGAGACCCAAGAUCCAGGACCCUGACGCUGUUAAGCCUGAAGACUGGGAUGAAGAUGCUCCGGCUCAGGUUCCAGACGAAGAUGCGGUAAAACCUGAUGGCUGGCUGGACGACGAACCCGAGUAUCUCGGAGACCCUGAUGCCGUGAAGCCCGAAGACUGGGACGAGGACAUGGAUGGUGAAUGGGAAGCACCACAGAUCCCAAAUCCCGCUUGCGAGGCCGCCCCUGGUUGUGGCGUGUGGAAACGGCCGAUGGUUGACAACCCCAACUACAAGGGCAAGUGGAAGCCCCCCAUGAUCGACAACCCCAACUACCAGGGUAUCUGGAAGCCGAGGAAGAUCCCCAACCCGGCCUACUUUGAAGACUUGCACCCGUUCAGAAUGACGCCGUUCAUGGCCGUUGGACUCGAGCUCUGGUCCAUGAGCUCUGACAUCUUCUUCGACAACUUCUUUAUCACCAACGACCGCAACACUGCCGACCGCUGGGCCAACGAUGGCUGGGGGCUGAAGAAGGCAGCAGAGGGCGCCGCUGAGCCUGGUCUGGCAGCUCAGAUGUUAAACGCUGCAGAGGAGCGUCCGUGGCUCUGGGUGGUCUACGUCCUCACUGUGGCUCUACCGCUCGUACUCAUCUUCGUCUUCUGCUGCACCGGCAAGAAGAAGAGCGCAGCGUCACCAGCAGAGUACAAGAAGACGGACGAACCUCAGCCUGAUGUGAAGGAGGAAGAAGAGGAGAAUGAAGAGAAGGCCGAGGAAGCAGCGAAGAGCAGUCCAGCUGCAGAGGAGAACGGUGACGAAGAGGACGCUCCAGCAGAGGAAGAGGAGAACGAGGAGGAAGAGAAGGAGGCCACAGCAGAAGAGAAGGAGGACGACAUUCUGCGGAGAUCUCCCAGGAGCAGGAAGGCCAGAAGGGACUGAUAUCUCUGAAUCCACAGCCCUGACCUCAAACCCCCACCCUACCUUCCUCCUCCUCCUCCUCUUCUACUCCUCCGCUCUGAGGCCACGAAGCCUGAAUGGAAACGGUGGAAGCAGCGAAGCCGACAGGAAAUUAAUCAUGGACACCUCCUCUUCCUCCUGAUGAAGAUAAUUCCAGAUUGAACAGGACUGAGUUUUCUUUUUGUUUUUGUUCUUUUUUUGUAAGAGAUUAACUGAGAUCCACUAAAACUUCCUUCAUCAUUCCUAAAUGCCACCUCAGCGACCUGCGGGGCGACUUCCUGUCUGUCAGAGCUGGUUCGACCAAUCAGCAGUCAGAUUUGUCCUGAGCAUGUACCUGCAGCCAGGUGAUAAAACCAGGAAACGAGCCUAUAAAAGCGGGCCGUAAACCAACUAACGCGCCCAUAAACAACUUACUGACAACUAACGACUAACAGACGAUAGAUGAUGAAUUAGUCCGCUAGCUGCCUGAAUAAACAGACGUGAGAAGUUUAAAGUGAUUAACUGGGAACACUCCGACUUUUUCUUACGUGUCGUCUUUUUUUUUUUUUUUUUUAUCUAUUUGUUGCUUAGCCUCCUGUUAGCUCCACUCACAGGCCAGAACAACCUCAGAUGUUUGAAGAUCCCCUCAGACCAGAUGUCGAGUCAGCAGCAGCAGCAGAGAUUCUCCCUUCCUAGAUGCCAUCUUUGUAGUCUGACGUCUGAUAUCUGGGGUUGUUUCAGCACCUGAAACCACAUCCAGUCCUGAUUCUUCAGCCGUAAAAAGGCACGAACGUUACAAGGUGUUUGACCUUUCAACCACAUGUCUGGGUCUCUGUGAAGAUGCUGAUUUCCACAUCUGUCCUGAGACACCUGCGGAUGACGAGGGACGUGAGAUGUGUCUGACAUAAAGGCCGAGUAUCAUCUGCUGCUGCUGCUGGUCACAUGAUCUCAACGUUUGGCUCAAACAGCUGUUCUCCGCCUGCUUCGCUUCGUCCGUUCAUGUUGCUCCUGUACUUCCUGCAUGGAUCAUGUGACCAGUUGGUUUAUUGGUGACAUCAUGUCUGGCAGGAUGGAAGCUCAUCGGUCAGGCUCGUCUUCAUUUGACUUCCUGUUUCAGAAAAUCCAAACUGGCGACAAUCCGUGUGAAACGAGUUAAAAGCAGAUCCGUGUGUUCAGACAAGACAGAAACGUCUCUAUCAGAUCAGCUCUGAACAUGAUGUGAUAAAUCAGCCAUUUUGGAUUUUUCUCACUUUGCUUGAACAAAUUGAGAUGUUUGAGGACGUCACCUCUGAGUUUAAACCAGUCCUGAGUUUUCUACUUGAUUCAUCAAACCAUACAUUAUCUAACUGAUGAGAAAUAAUUCUUGUGUUUAUGUGAGAAGUUGCUGUUACACAAAAUCCACUGAUCACACCUUUGUUUCAAAUCCAGAGCUUCCCCCAUCAUCAUCAUCAUCAUCAUCGCUGUUGGGAUCUUACCAGGUUGUUUUCCUUUAGAAAUCAAAGCUUAAAAUGAAAACAGGAUUAAACUGUGAUGUUCUUCCUGUUGUCCGCGUGUCCAAGUUUCUGCUGAUAUCUGUGCGGUGGAGGACGCCGCAAACACUGAAAUGAUUGGUGUCCCGCGUCCGUCUCGUGUCUCUGUGUCUUUCUGCUGAUCGGGAUUGGCUGGGAAGCCAUCCUGUGUUUGGCUCCCUGUGUCAGGUGACUGUUGAGGUAAAAAUGGUGGCUGUUUCUCUGUUGCACGCCGUCCCUGGAUCGGCAGAGUGACAGCCACAUCGAGCCUCGCUCCUCCUCUCCACCCUCCUGUGUUCUUAGGGCUUCAGCUCCGGCGGCGUCCAACUGAAGCCGUCUCGCUGACAGACCGGAGAAACUUUUCCGACUCUGUAACUGCUUUUUAUUUUGUCGCCUCUGUGUGUGAACUAACAGUUGGCCCGGCCCGUUUCUGACCAACACCACAGGAAGGUCCAGCUUUGAAUAGAAAUACUGUGAUGGAGCCUGACUGCGUGUGUGUCUACGUGUGUGCGGCCUGCAGUCAACAUUUUCUUUUGAUGAAUAAAAAAGAAAAAGGCCAAAUGGA